AUGCCAAAAAUUUCUGAAAUGUUUUCUACUAAAACAAGUAACAGUGCGGUUCUCGAGACAGUUGACAUUGUCGGCGGUACUCAUUUGGCAGAUAAUUUGAAUCCUGAAAUCUUUAAGGAAUUGGAACAAAACACACAUUAUGUCGAUACUACUGCUGAAGUUGCAGCUGAAUGUAAAUCGGUUUGCGACGAUGACCAUAUUGGUACAACCAACCUUAACAGUCCUUCAUACUUACCUGAUUUGGGCUUGUGGCCUACCCUUGUUUCUAAAAAUAUGAGAGAAUACUGGAUAGCUAAAGGAAGUAGUGAAUGCCAGAAUCUGGAUGCCGACUUCAGUGCAACGUCUACAAGAUUUGAAGGAGAGAAGUAUAAUCGACAAUGCCAGAAAAGUUUAUUCACGUUCGCACACUUGUGUACAAAACAGCAGUAUCCGCGUAACUGGCUUUGUUUUUCACAGUCUAUGCUAGCCAUCUGCUUCCCAUGUAAACUGAUGACAGACGUUGAAUUGUUUGGAAAACUGGGAUGCAAAGAUUGGAAACGUGCUACCCAAGCAAUUUCACGCCAUGAAAAAAGCAUUGGUUCGGCAAGAACAGGAAGAACGUGAUUAUUGGCGUUCUGUUUUAGAGCGUGUAGCAGAGACUAUCCGCCACCUUGCAGUGCGAGGCUUAGCUUUUUGUGGUACAAAUGAGAUAAUUGGUUCCGUCGACAACAGUAACUUCCUUGGCACACUGGAGCUACUGGCCAAAAUCGAUCCAUUUAUGGCUCAGCAUAUCAAUCAGAAAGCUAACAAGGGCCAAGGACAUACAUCAUAUCUUUCCAAUGCGGUUUGCGAGGAGUUCAUCCAUUUAAUGGCCAAGCGAGUUCUUCAAAAUAUUUUAGACGAACUGAAAGCAUCCAAGUAUUUCUCUGUUUCGGUUGAUUCCACACCAGAUAUCUCUCAUGUUGACCAACUCACUUGCAUUGUCCGGUACAUUCUGCCAUUGGGUCCUGUGGAACGCUUUGUGGCUUUCCUAGAUAUGCAGGGCCAUACUGGGAAAGUGUUGGCGGAAAGUUUACUUGGCUUUUUAACAAGACAUGAAGUGAACAUUUCUGAUUGUCCGGGCCAAUCAUAUGAUAAUGCCAGCAACAUGAGUGGAAAAUAUAACGGUAUGCAAGCUGUUAUUCACCGAAAGUGCCCACUUGCCGAGUAUGUGCCUUGCGCCGCACAUUAUCUCAAUUUAGUCUGCCAAUCAGCAGUAAGUUGCUGUCUGGAAUCUGUCGGAUUUUUUGGCUUUGUCCAAGGUUUAUGUUCUUUCCUCGUCGCUUCAACACACCGUUGGAAAGUGGUCCAUAAUCAGCUGAAGAAAAAAGGCUUGCCCACAGUCAAACGUCUGUCAGACACUCGUUGGUCAGCGCAUGCCGCCGCUGUUAAAGACGUGGUCAAGGGCUACGAAGAAAUCAAAGCUGGAUUGAAAGAGAUUGCUGCAGAUGCAGAGCAGAAGGGAGACACUCGAAAAGAAGCUCUUAAUCACGCUUCUAAUAUGGAUCAUUUGGAGACUGGUAUACUUACUCUGGUAUGCCACCAUGUCUUGAAGCGUUUUAACAGUAACAGCCAAUUGCUUCAAUCCGCGGAUCAAGACAUUAACUCGGCUGCUGCUAUUUAUGAAUCCCUGGAAGAGUACGUAAAAAAUAUGAGACCAAAAUUUGAGCAGUUGGAGGCUGAAGGAAAAUUGCUCAGUGGAUGCGAACAUUACGAAGACGAAAUGAAACGAAAUCGCCAGCGGAAUCGUAGUUAUGAUGAACCAGGAUCAGCUCCGGAAGUAGAACUUACACCUGCCGAUAAGUUUUGAACGGCAACGUUUUUGGUUAUUAUUGAUAAUUUGGUUGCUGAGUUGAAGAAACGUAAGGAAGCAUACGCCACUGUUGCGUCAAGGUUUGGAUUUUUGAGAACUAUGUAGGAGCUACCUGACAACAAACCGACACGGAGUGCAAAUCAGCUUUGUAAAAUUUACCCAGGUGACCUUGAGCCGAGUCUUUCAGACGAGCUAUUACAGUUCUCUGCCUUCCUGAAAACUGAGCUUGCCGAGAGAUACUUGGAUUCGUCAAGCUCUGUAGAAGCACCAGUCCUCUCUGAAAUCCCUUCCUCGCCCGCACCAUCUGAGGAUUCUUCAGCGCCACCUUCACCAGUUACUACAACUCCAAGUGAUGAUGAAGAUAUGUCAUUCAAUGAUGACAAUGAGCUGCAUGAGCAUGAUCAAACCAUGGAAUUCGAAAACAAUGAUGCAAUGAAACUAGAAUCACCGGAGGUUCGGAUGUACAAGCUCAUAUUAGAAAACAAACUAGAAACAGUAUUUUCAAAUAUAGAAGUCGCACUUCGUAUUUAUCUUUCUCUUAUGAUAUCGAAUUGCUCUGGCGAAACAUCUUUUUCAAUAUUGCGUUACAUAAAGAACUCGUACAGAUCCACCAUGGGUCAGAGACGGUUGAACGACCUGAUAUUACUAAGUGCUGAACAAGACAUUCUUCGUGAGCUUGACAUAAAUUCACUCAUCAAUGACUUUGCGCUCAUGAAAUCUUGA